UAUCACAAACAACAUCAGCCUAGGUUUUGUAAUCAUGUGCAGUAUGUGAAGCGGAACCAUGGCCUGAAGCACACGAUUACAGUAUGUCGUUUACUGAAAGAUUUCUAUUUCUAAUUGUUGUUAUAUGUUUUAUUCAGAUCACAGUGAAAACAAGAAAUCAAAACUCAACAAUAAUGAAACCUAAUCAUAGACUUCUAGGUGCUAAACUGACACCUAUCAGGGGUUUUGGGUGGUAUCUUAAUAAGGAGGGUGAUGGGAACAAAUCUUUGACCAAGGUCUUGGAACACAAACGUUCUAGAACGCUUGAGUUAUCACCACCAACCAGAACUGGACGUGGUAGAAGGUUUAGACGAGAAAGGAGCGUCACAGAGCAGUUAAGUCCAGAAGCUACUCCAUCAAAAACCAACUUACUCCUAGAACCAAUCAAGGACGAAGCAAAAACUACUUCAUCUUCGUACACAGCAUUCGUCCAGGGAUCAAAACUAAGAGAAAACACCCAGAAGACGCCUGGAGAAAUAAUAAAACCUACGAGAACAACUGAGAUAACACUUAGACCAGUAUUUAAGGAAACGUCUAGCUUAGGACCUAGUUCUGUCAACAAAACUGACAACUUAGCUAGUGAACCUAGUAACAUGAUUGAGAAGAAAACGGAGGAGACUGAGUCGGAUUCUUCCAGUUUUUGGAACAGUCGGUUCAGAUCCUGGUUCCCAAUAGAUGAGAACCACAUGCCCGAUUUUGGCCACGGCUCGGCGGUAGGCUUCGAAGUGGAAUACAACAGCGAAUAUCGACCCUAAACUCAUUGUAAUUUCAACUCUAUUCAGAGGAUAGGA